UAGAUUCUUGAUUAGUACGGGUGUCAGGGGUAAUGGGGAGAAGGCAGGAGAAUGGGGUUGAGGGGGAAAUAUAGAUCAGCUGUGAUUCAAUGGCAGAGUAGACUUGAUUAGGCGAUUGGCCUAUUUCUGCUCUUAUCAUAUAAACUUAUGAAUCGUGUGAAAGCAAAAUUCUUAUCACUGUUGGACCCGCCCAGGUUAUUUUCAACUAGAGUCGAAAGCAAGUCUUGGGUUCGAAUUGAGAGCUGACAAACAGCUGAGAACUUUCAGACGAAAGACAAAUUGUAUCUACAUUCUGAUAUGCAGGUGUGGUAAAAAUCAGAGGAAGAUCAAACUCACCAAAUGAACAUGAACCAUCGAAAGUCUGCCAUUAAUGCAAAACGUGGAGAUUUGAUUGAAAUAUGUCGAAAGGGUGGGUAUAAACACUGGGCCAUCUACAUUGGACUUGGUGACGUCGUACAUUUAACUUCAGAUGGAGCAAGUGGAAAUGUGAGUUUUCGCUUCUCUAGCUCGGCAGAUGUUGCUGUGAUUAAGAGGGAGCCUCUCACUGAGGUAGCUGGAAGUGAUGCCUGCUAUGUCAACAACAGUUCAGACACAAGGUUUGAAGCAUUACCCGUGGACAUGAUAAUAAACAAGGCUAAACAAAGCAUUGGACGGAAAGUGCAUUACAAUGUUCUAAAACAAAACUGUGAACAUUUUGUAAACACACUUCGAUAUGGUGAAAAGAUUUCCUACCAGGCUGAGGAUGCAAGCCUUGCUAUUGGUGUAGGGUCUAUCGUCACUGCAGCUGUAAUGGGUGUCGGUGCCAUUCUUGCCCUUCUAUUGGGGGGGCAUCAUAAACAAUGAAGGCUCAUGAAUAACAGAGUGUGCUGGAUUCCUAAUUAAAGCAUUUAAUUAACCCAUUGACUGACUUGUGGUCACUGCUGAUAUAUGGGAACUCUACUACAGUAUCUUUCUUCAGUCCCUCACAGGGUUUAUUAAAUCUGAUCACAACACUGCUAUGAUUCAGGAAGACUGAUCUCAAAGCCAAACCGCUUCACAUCAAGCCUACCUUGUCAUGGUGGUACACAAGCAGGGUGGACAUAUGGGGAGGGAAAGGAUAUUGAAUUCUGGGCACUGGCUUGCAAUACUGUGAGACAAGGGGAGAGCAGUAGGAAAGAAGCAGAACGUAUCACUUGAGGGUUUCGAGAGAGCAGCGAGCUCUCCGCAAAAAUGGAAAUCCAACUCCGUCAGUCGUAUUCAGAAUCCAAGAACAGGAAAUGCAAACCAUCACCCUUUGAGAUGUGUUAGAAGGAACUGCAGAUGUUGGAUAAAAUCGAAGGUAGACACAAAAUGCAGGAGUAACUCAGCAGGUGAGGCAUCCCGGCGCAUCUGAAGAAGGGUCUCGACCAGAAACGUUAUCAAUUCCUUCUCUCCAUAGAUGCUGCCUCACCCGCUGAGUUACUCCAGUAUUUUGUGUCACCCUUUGAGAUAAUAAUAAUCAUAAUAAUAAUAUAUUUUAUUGUCAUUGCACAUCAGUGCAACAAGAUUUGGGUUUGUAGCUUCCAUCCGUUGUCAUAACUUAAAUAACUAAUAAAAUUUAGAUUUAGAUACCCCAAGAAACAUGGUUUGUAAAAGAACAUCACAACAGUAAAACAGUUCAAACAGACUAAAGUGCAGAUGUAUCUGUGUGACGUGACCAUCGGAGGGAGACUCCAGGGGGGGGGAUGGGGGGCACUCAGCAGGGCCGGUUCAGAGCCGCUAUAGCUCUGGGAUUGAAGCUGUUCCUGAGUCUGGAGGUUCGGGCGUAGAAGGCCUUGUCACGUCUGCCGGAGGGAAGUAGUUCGAACAGCCCGCUACAAGGGUGUGAGGAGUCUUUAUGGAUGCUGACGGCCUUCCUGAUGCACCGUGUGUGGUAGAUGCCCUCCAAGGCUGGUAGCUGUGUCCCAAUGAUCUUCUGCGCUCUGUGGACGACGCGCUGAAGAGCUCUCCUCUCCGUCCAGCUGAGAUACCACACAGAGAUGCCAUACGUUAAUAUGCUCUCUGCGGUGCAGCGGUAAAAGGUUGUCAGCAGCUGUUGGACAGACCAGUCUGUUCUCAGGAAGAACAGUCGUUGCUGUGCCUUCUUGACCAGCACAGCGGUGUUGGUGGACCAUGUGAGCUCCUCUGAAAUGUGAGUGCCCAGAAACUUAAAGCUGGACACUCUCUCCACACUGUCCACGUAAAUGGAGAUUGGGGCAGAGAUGUGUUUGUUUCAAUAAAUGCUGUCAAAUUUAAUUCCCUUGACAGCAAUUCACAGCACUUUAUAGGGGAUAUUAUUCAGCCUAUGGUGUAUGUUCUGACUCUCUGUAUCAAUCCAAGCUGGUUUCAAGGAUCCAGGUCAAUGUAAAGUUUCAAUCAGGUAAAGUUAAAAACUGCCCACUGGUAAAAACAUAAACAAAACAGCAAAAGACACAUGUGAUGGUGUAACUCAGCGGGUCAGGCAGCAUCUGUGGAGAACAUGGAUAGGUGACGUUUCACAGAGUGCUGGAGUAACACAGCGGGUUAGGCAGCAUCUGUGGAGAACAUGGAUAGGUGACGUUUCACAAAGUGCUGGAGUAACUCAGCGAGUCAGGCAGCAUCUGUGGAGAACAUGGAUAGGUGACAUGGACAGCUGACCUACUGAGUUACUCCAGCACUAAUUGUCUUUUUUUGUAAACCAACAUUAAAAGUUCCUUGUUUCUCCAAUAACACAAUGAGCCUCAUUGAAUUCUGCAUGCCACAGACACUGGCUUACAAUGGCUGGUCUGGAGAACUUGGAAGGUUCUGGCACCAUGCUGGGCCCUGAUCUGACGAGAGGUUAGAUGAGCUUGCAAGCAGGUUACACAUAUAAUCAUAAACCUGUCUUUCUUCCCGACUCUACAAACAACAGUCAGCUAUGUUUAAAACUAGUCAUCAUCCCUAGUACUGAAAAUAGGCUUUAGUCAUCUGUCUCAGUAGUCCCUUGGGAGAGCAGGUUAACCCAAUGGUUUUGCAGUUGUCUGUUGAGCUAGGUAUUGAAAGUGAGCCUGUUUGUGUGGCAAAGGGAAUGUUAUCAGACAACUCCAUUUUAGCCGAGAAGCAUGUUUCUCCUCCCUCACCUCCCAUUCAGGAGCUGCAGCAGUCGUUCCAGGUGGACAGAGGUUCACAUGCACCUCAUUUACAGUCUAGGUUCCUUCUGCUGCUGGACAUGGGGGGCAGGGUGUGGUGGAGACGCCCCUCAAAAUAAGGGAAGGGAUUCCACGGCAGUGGGCCACAUGAGUGGCAAGGGUGUGGGGUAAAAUUGUGAUUUGGGGAAACUGUAUAUGUAGUGUAGCCACCGAGAAUGUCGGAUGGAGUUUUGUAUGGAUCAUGUAUUGUAUAUAUUUAUUUCUCGAAUAAAGUAUAUCUUGAAAUAAAAAAUCUAACCUCAUCUACUGCAUCUGGUGAGACCUUUCUACUUCAUGAGAACAAAGUUUA